AAAGUGUAGAGGAACAUUCUGCGGUAGUUUGAAGGGUACUUGUAAUUUUCCCAAUAUUUGUUGUUCUAAUUUGAUGUAAAAGGACUUGUUAAACUAAUCCAUUUGACGUAUUGGAUUAUCGUUUUCAGUGGGACUUGGUUGAAACCGCGGCUAUGGAAACCGUAGACUCACCAACUCCUGCUUGUUCUCCUUCUGAUUCAAAACCACCGCCAAGCCCUAACCCUAGCUCUAUCCCUUCGCCAUUACUUCCAUCAGCGACCAGGCUAUGGAGGCCAGCCGCUCAGCGAAACCUACGAAAUCAGUGGUCCAAACUGGCUUCCCAAAGGCAACAAUGGGCUUCGGCUUCUUCUAGUGGAAAGUCCCACGCCAAUUCUCUCGUCAACGCCUAUCUCUCUCAGCGAUACAUGCCUUCAUUGGAGCUGGGUGUUCUAAGUGAUAUGGCCGGUAUAAGAAAGAAAGCCUGUCGAAAAUUGUUUAAGCAACAGGAAAUUUAUCGGAGCAAAGUUCUAUCAUCAUACAAAGACAUGGUGGCUACUGUAACACAAAUGCUCAAUGCUACUCAAUCCAUGAGAUGUUUUCUCAAAGGGACAAGCAAUAGUACACUUGUACAAUUUUCUGGUUCUUCUGAAGACCAGAACGACACUGGAGAUGGUGGUGGAAUCCCAGUCUUUGUAUUUUGGUCAAUCUCUUCUCAUGAGGAAUUGGCAGAAGAGCUUGUUCAGAUGUUCAAAAAGGAACUCAUGUUGAAGAGGUUGCUAGUACUGGAGUUUCUGUUCCUUACUUGUGAAGUUCCACAAGUGAAUGGGUUCCAUUGGUCGGAUCAGCUUUAUCCAGGAGAAUUUGAUCAUUUGAGAGUGUGCAACUUGUUUUCUGAAGAAACUUGUGAGCCUGUCCCACCAAAAUUGAUGGAUUGGAAAUCUGAUACUCCUGUUGUGGGAUGUAACAACCAGCCAAACCACGAGGUUUUACAGGUUUAUCUAACAACAUGGCUUGCAGAGGUGAACAUAAAUAAUUAUAGGGUAGAUGAGAUAUUUGAUGUAAUACAGGAGGAAAUGCAUGUCAGGCUCAAAUAAGCUACUCUACACGCAAGAGAAAUUAUUGGAUUAAUUUUGUUCAGAAACUAAGCAUGUGAUCAGACGUGAAGCUGGACGUUAGCAGAAGUAGCGAGAGAAAGAGAAGCCUGCUUUGCAUUAGAACCAAGACAAAUGAAGAUGAAAUAGUUGCCUUUUGGUUAUACGAUGAACAUAGAUUAGUUGUCUUAUUAUUUUUUUAAUUUUUUUAAAAAUGAUCUCACACCACCGAUCUACUCCUCCUUGACCUGAAGGCCAGGAAACAAAUCCCUCAUCAACCCAAACGCCAGGAGACACAACGCCACAUGUAUGAAAUUGAUUUCUCAUUUGUUGAGGUUUGUAUGAAAUUGACAUCCAAAAAAAUUAAACCAGCAGAGAUCUGUAGCAUGAAGUAACAAGUGUAGAAUUCAAAUG